UGUAAUGCAAUGGGUUUUUUUUUAGUGUCGAAAAUAAUAACAAAGUUCCUCGCUGAGAUCAAAUGAGCAGACAAUUUUCAGAUUUUUUUUUUUAUAUGGGAACAUAUCAGCCAUACAACGAAAUAUAAAUUUGAUACGCCAAGGAUAUCAUUUUGUUACAACCAUGAGGAUUCUACCCCCAUCCAUCCAAGACCUGCCUAAUUUCUUACACCACCUAUGGAUCAUAUGUUUUCUUCUACCGCCCUCAUGGGGUCAGAACUACGACCUCUACAGCCAGUCGGACACCUGGACAACAGCCAUCCUUAUCCUUACCUACAAACACCCAGUCUCGAAAAACCUCACGACAGAGAAAGAAGAAAAUGGCCGCUUUGCAACAGGGACUAUCAAAGAAGCCAAAGGCAUUCUGCUGCGACCGUCUCGUAAUGUCUAUGGAUGUGUCUCACUGCCGAAGAGUCAAAUACCAAAGCAACCAUGGAUUGCACUGGUAGAAUACGGAAACUGCACACCAGAGGUGAAAAUGACAUUAGCAGAAGAAGGAAAUGCUUCAGCUUUACUAAUGAUAAAUGCUCCAGAGGUUGAUGCUUCUUCAGUAGAUUUUAAAGGAAAAAUCCCCGGGAUUAUUUUGAAAGCCGAGCACGGCAAACGGAUAGAAGAGCUGGUCAAGAAUGGGACACAGGUCAUGAUCGAGAUCACUGAGGGACCGCAGGUUAUCCAUCGUAUAGAGGUCAAGAAAUCAUCCGUUCUCUUCGUCUCUGUCUCCUUCAUUGUCCUCAUGAUUGUAUCAUUGGCUUGGCUUGUAUUCUACUAUAUACAAAGAUUCAGAUACGCUCAGGCUCGAGGGAGAACACAGAAACAGUUAGGAAGAGCAGCAAAGAAAGUUAUUGCUAAGCUACCACAAAGAACAAUUAAAGAUGGUGAUCAGGAAAUUGUUGAAGUGGAGGCCUGUCCUGUCUGCCUAGAGUUUUACAGAAUCAGCGAUGUCCUCAGGGUAUUACCAUGCAAGCAUAGUUACCACAAAACAUGUGUAGACCAAUGGCUGGUAGAAAAUAGAACAUGUCCAAUGUGCAAACUCAACAUUCUAAAAGCAUUAGGCUAUCAGAUGCCAGUACCACCAACUGAAGAGGCCCAUUAUAUUUUGGAAGUAGGGCAGAUUGCAUUUGGCUCAGGUUUGGAUGAUAGUAAUGAAGCUGGCAAUGGACAGCAUGUGGAACCAGUGCGGACACUUCUCAGCAAUGGUUCAACCACAGGAGGGCGCUAUGUCAGGAUGAUAGCUGUCGAACAUGAUCGCCAUUCUGAUGGCAAUGAAUCGGUUGAGAGCCGGAAUGGGUCCUCUAGCUCAGAAGGAAUUCUACCUCCAGUGACGACGACCGUAGAGCUUCACGAUCAAGACUCUUUGCGGAACUUGGUGGAUGAUGCUUCACAGAACCGCGUAGAAGAAUCCCCGCAAAACCUUGUAGAAGAUUCCCAGGAUCCUGGCCAUGCAACGUCUGUUUAGUUUACAGACAUGAACAAAAUCUUAUUUAAAUAUUUGUGUAUAAAACAUUGUGAAAUUUUAAAACCAUGCUAAAACAGGGUGUUAUAUAUAUGUAAUGUCAAGUAACAGAACAACAGCUGUACACUCCACCCCCCCCCCCAUGGUUAUAAUGUUUUGUCAUUUUCUGAAAUAGUACUUAACCAUAUUUGUGCAUCUGUUUUCAUCUUUUGGCAUAUUGUAUGAAUUAUUUUGUAUUUCAAAUUUAUUGUGGUUUUUAUGGACAAUUGAAUUCCAUGAAUUCAUUUAAUUGGUCACACAGGUCCUAUCAGUUCAUGUUUAGUUUUUAUAGUUUGUUGGAAUGGAAAUAGGAAUAAAUAUCAUGAAUAUCAUUUUUGAUUAUAAAACAUCCUGUUUCGUAUACAGAUUUUUUACUGAUGCUCUACUUAGAUUACUGGUGGUUAAUAUUAUUUUUAUGUAGUUUCCCAUAAAUUUCAUGUUGGUUUGACCAUGAAAUGACUUAUUCAGUUUUACUCUGCCCAUGAAUGUUGCAAUUUUGCAUAUUGUUACAAUUGAAAUAAAAAGCUGUGGUAAUUAAUUUUCUGAACUUUCUCAUUCAAAUUUGUACCAGAGAAACUGAAAAUUACUUAAGUGCUUAAGAAAAUAGUAGAAAAUUUUCUGUUCUCAAUUAUGUAAUAAGGAAAUUUAGAUUUGAAGAAAAAAUUGAAAUAAAGAUCGUCAUUAAUAUUUAGCAUGCAAAGAGGUAAGGAGAAAAGGAUAAUAAAAUCGGUUGAUAACAGGAAAAUUAUAACAACAUUACCCUUAAAAAGUAUUUACAUGACCACAUUUAUUGAAUCAAGAAUUUUGCUGAAUUAAUUUUUCUUGUUUGUUCAAUUUUUUUUAAUUAAGGGGAGAUCCUAAGAUCAUUUUGAUACCUACUUUUAGUAAAGUUGAAGCUUUGAAAAAAGUACAUCAAUAAUUAAAAUUGUGUUUUAAUGAUAUGAUCUCUACUCCAGGCCUGCUCUACUCAAUGGACCACGUUCACCAUGCACUCAUUAUUUUUUAACUCUAUUGCACAGAUACAUACAUGUACAUUGUAUCUAAAAAUAAUUGUUAGAUUACAUAUAGAAUAAAGUUAGCACAGAAAACAAAGUCAAUAGUAAAUGUGGGAAACUUGAAAAAUAGUUUCAUAUAACAGAGAUCACUGGUGAAAAAAAAAUUCAUAUGUUAUUUCUACAUGAGUGAGAUGUUAACUUGACUUGAACUGAAGAGGGCGGUAUAUACAUAUAUGUAACAGGAUCUGUGAAAUAUCUGUGUAGAAUGUUUUCUAUUGCACUACCACUACCUGAUGUGUAAGAGGUGGCACUUGUCAUUGGGUUAAGUGUGAUGACGUAAAUUAGUUAAUAAAAUUCAUACAUGCUUGUGUUGUGUUAUAGUUUCAACAGUUGUAUGAUCGGGAGGAAUUUUAAAAGACUGAUUCAAGAAAAAUCUUUAAAAGCAACUGAAAGUUAUUGUUUGCCCAUAUUAGCAAACAUUUAAAUAAUAGUGUAUGGCCUGGACAGAUGAAUACAUGUAUCGCCCGAAUAAGAUCAUAUCACCUUUGGUAUAGCCAAAGGUGAAAAUGAAUUGACAAAUGAAUAAUAUUUCUGAAAUUAAUCGCUCAUUCAAGGAAAAUCCAUAAUUAUUUUUGUUAUCAGUUAUACAAGUAAUAUCAAACACAAGACAUUUUUUUAGCAAUUUUGUGAUGAAUGAGGAAGCAUGCAAACAAAAUGUAAUGGUUGAUGUAAAAUUUACAUCAUAAUGAUAAUUUG